AUGAAUCUUGCAAACAAGUAUAGUGUAGAAAAGUCAACUAUAUUAGAUAUUUUAAAAGAAAAAGAACAUUGGUUAGCCAUUACAACUGAAGAAGAAGGUAAGAUAAGGAAAUUUCAUAUGCCAAAAUGGUCAAAACUUAAAGAAGCACUUGGACUCUGGAUGAAUAAUAUGCUUAAUAGUGGUCAAGAUAUUGAUAGGCAUAUUCUCAAAGAAAAGGCAAAGUUUUUCAUAGAACAUCUUCUUAUUAAUAAUUUUCACCAAUUUGCUGGUUGGCUGACUGGGUUUAAAAAAUGUUACAGACUUCAUCAGUUUAAAAAAGAGGGCAAAUCUGCAAAUGAUGAAUCAAAUCUUUUGAAAUUAAUUGACUACUUACCAACCAAUGACUCUCUUGACCUUCUUACUGCAUAUGAAUAUAUUCAUGCUGAGGAUAAUAAAGUUAAAAACAGACUUACUAAAGAAGAAAUCUUGGAGAUUAUUGAAAGUGAAGACAAAAAUGAAAGUGAGAAAGAAGAGAAAACUCCUAUUAAACAAGAAAAAAUCACUUAUACAAAUGCAGAAAAUUGCAUAACCCAAACACUAAAGUUCUUAUAUGAACAAGGACCAGAGUUUGGUGAAGUCAAGGAAGAAGUUAAAAUUUUAAGAAAAUUUCACAAGCAG